UUCCGUCUCCGUUCUGACGGCCAUAAUCAUGGCGGCUGUCGCUCUGAUUUGCCGUCCUGCGGGUGUCCUUCCCAAGCUUUCGGGCACCUGUUCUCCGGUGUUGCUGGCAGCAGCUCCUGUGACGGUACAGCAGAGGAAGAUCCAUCAUGCCGUGGUGCCCCAUGGAGCAGGAGGCCGCUCAUCCUCCAGUGGACUCGCUGCCACUGUUUUUGGAGCCACUGGCUUUCUUGGCCGAUAUGUAGUCAACCGUCUCGGACGUAUGGGUUCCCAGGUUGUGAUCCCUUACCGAUGUGACCAGUACGAUCUCAUGUACCUCAGACCUAUGGGCGAUUUGGGACAGAUCAUCUUUAUGGAAUGGGAUCCAAGAAACAAGGAAUCAAUCCAAAGAGCAAUCUCUCACUCCAACGUGGUAAUCAACCUUGUCGGAAGAGAAUGGGAGACCAGCAACUACAAGUUUGAAGAUGUGUUCGUCUCCAUCCCUCAGCAGAUCGCGAGGGCAACUCGUGAAGCUGGAAUUAAAAAGUUCAUUCAUAUGUCGCACCUUAACUCAGACAUCCGCAGCCCCUCCAAGUAUCUGAGAAAUAAGGCAGUAGGUGAGGAGGCGGUGAGAAACGAGUUCCCUGAUGCCAUCAUUAUGAAACCCUCUGAGCUCUUUGGAAGAGAGGACAGGUUCUUGAACCACUUUGCUAACAUGCGCUGGUUUGGCACAGCUGUACCUCUAAUUGCAAUGGGCAAGAAGACAGUCAAGCAGCCUGUUCAUGUGGUGGAUGUGGCCAAAGCCAUCCUUAAUGCUGUCCAGGACCCUGAAGCUAAUGGGAAAACCUAUGCACUAGUGGGGCCCAAUCGGUAUCUACUUCAUGAUUUGGUUGAAUAUUUGUACUCUGUGGCCCACAGGCCAUUUUUGCCAUACCCUUUGCCUCGUCCUCUCUAUCACCUCGUCGCAAGGUUUUUUGAGAUGAACCCUUUCGAGCCCUGGACAACCCGUGAUAAAGUCGACCGGUUGCACACAUCGGACUUGAAGUACCCUGACCUCCCGGGACUAGAGGAUUUGGGCAUCACCCCUGCUUCCAUCGAGCAGAAGGCCAUUGAAACCUUGCGCCGCCAUCGGCGUCAAAGAUUCUUUGAAGCAGCGGUUGGAGAGACUAAGCCCGCCAAAACAGUCAACUUUUAAACAAGAAGUGGUCGCUCUUGUGUCCAGUAUGCUCUCUGCUGGUCGUCACGUUGUCUAGAUUUACUUUUUGCUGUACAUAAAUAAAGAUAUUCAACCUGUA